UGUCCGCCAUGUUCGUUCCUUCCGCAGCGCCCGGCGGCGGUGGCGCAGCCCGGGACCGGCACCGGCGGCAGGAGCGGCCGCAGCCCCAGCUCCUUCCCGCGGGCAGGGAUCGGCCUCCCCAGCGCGCCCGGGAGCGGCGGCAGUUCCCUUCCCGCGGUCUGUAGCCGAGUCAGGUCUAGGAAAACAGGAGGAUCUUUUCCCGUAACAAUGGCAGCAAAAUCAUCACUCCUUAAAGUAAUACUGCUAGGAGAUGGUGGAGUUGGGAAGAGUUCCCUCAUGAACAGAUAUGUCACCAACAAGUUCGAUGCACAGCUGUUUCAUACAAUAGGUGUGGAAUUCUUAAAUAAAGAGUUGGAAGUCGAUGGACAUUUUGUUACAAUGCAGAUAUGGGACACAGCAGGUCAGGAACGGUUUCGGAGCUUGCGGACUCCUUUCUAUAGAGGUUCUGACUGUUGCCUGCUAACCUUCAGUGUGGAUGACUCUCAAAGCUUCCAAAACUUAAGCAACUGGAAGAAAGAAUUCAUUUAUUAUGCAGAUGUCAAGGAGCCUGAAAGUUUUCCAUUUGUGAUACUGGGUAACAAAGUUGAUAUCGAUGAAAGGCAAGUGUCUACAGAAGAAGCCCAAGACUGGUGCAGGAAUAAUGGCAACCAUCCCUAUUUUGAAACCAGUGCAAAAGAUGCCACUAACGUUGCAGCAGCCUUUGAAGAAGCUGUUAGAAGAGUUCUAGCCUCUGAAGAUAGAUCAGAUCACUUUAUUCAAACAGAUACAGUAAACCUUAAUCGGAAACCGAAGCCCAGCUCAUCUUGUUGUUGACUUAAAUUUCGUUUUGCCAAAUUACUGUUGACUAGCUUGCUCUAUAAAAGAAUGGAGAAGGUGUAGUAGAUAGAAUAACAAAUGGGUUUCACUCUAAUAUUAAAAUGGUAAUAUUCUGCUGCUUUCAUGGGGGAAAAAAAGAAAAAUCUCCAUUCAUGAGUGACCUAAUUGAAUUAGUGAUGCUUUCUGUUCAGGAAGACAUCAAGGAAGAAAAUAAUAUAAGAAUGUAAUUUGCCAACUUUAUUCAAAUGAUAAAUACUUUGAAUAUAAUUAAAACUUGAAGGUUCUAGAAGCACUACUUUGGAGAAGCUGUUCUGGAAUUCAGGCACAAAGAUACUUUUAUAUGUGUAUAUUUUUAUGAAAUCGGCAUUCCACUUUUGUUUUGUUAGAUAUCAGUUUCUUAACAAUGCUAGAUAUUAAACUUCAGUCUCACUACAUUCCUUUUGCUGUGAGUGGUACUUAAUCUCUAAUGUGGUUAUUGUAAGUUAAUAUAAAUUACACCCACGUCUUCUAAUUGCCUAAUGUUGCUGUAAAUUGUGUAGGUUUGUAAAUAGGAAGUGAAUUUCCUACGUAUUUAAUGUCCAUUUUUCCCCAAAUACUAUUUUAAUGCUGCACUAAUUUUUUCAGUGAUUUAAUGCAAAAUACUGAUCAUUUUUAAAAUUAA